AUGUACAACAUAUUGGUAGGUUAUGAAGAUGCAAUGGUCGAAGCAGAAAUUGAAGAUUCUGCAAUGGAUAUUGAGACAAUAAUAGAGGGCACAAGUUUUGAAGAAAUGAUGAGAGAGACAGAAACUGUGGAUUCUGCAAUGGAUUACUUGACAAAAGAAGUUCAGGUGGCUGUGACUGGAAUAUCUGCAACGGCAUCUGCCCAUGAUCAACCUUUAUCACUGUGCAUAGAUGAAAUGCAUUCUGUAAAAGCCAUAGAGUGCUCAAGUAACCCUGCUGGGACUGCCAUGCAACAAAAUGAGGAUGGAGGAACACAAGUUGGGCAACCACAUUUGCCUUUGUGA